CUGCUUCACUUCCGAUGUGAUAGUCCGUCCAUAUCACAUCUGACGGCUGCACCAUCGAACCAACAUGAAGUCCAACAGCAGAUUUGUUUUCGGAAAUAUUUUCGUGUUUCUUUUCGUUUUGCAUUUCGUGCAAGCAAAUUUAAUCGACUCGUUGCUGAACAUUUUCAAAUCUCGUGAUUCCGAGCUGGAAAAAUUGCUUGCUGAGGAUGAAAAGCAUCAUCGUCUUAAGCGUCAAGACAGCACGGCCGCUCCAACGCAAGCAACACCGCCUGCUUAUGGCUACAAUUGUCCCACGGAAUUGUACCGAAGAAUGGAUAAAUGUUGCAAACUUCCUACACUUUAUCCGGUGGACGUUUUGAAUAAAUGCACUGGUCGAAAUUUGGUUUCUGCUUUACCGAAAGGCCCGAGGAAAGGUAUUCGUCCUGUGCAAUUGAGGCUUAGGAAAAACUUCUUGGUAUCGUCACCUAAAAAUUCUUCAAUCAAAUCUAAAAUCGAGGACAUUUGCAAGGUCCACUGUAUUUUCAAACAACAGAGAUGGCUCACUCCUGAAAACUUCGUCGACGAGAACUUGAUGUACUCAACAAUGCAAAUUUUGACUCCGCCCGGGCCAUGGCAAAAUCUAUUGAUCACUCAGUACAUCCGAACAGAAUGCAGUGGAAUGUCUAAUGCAUUUGGAGAUUUCACUGCAAACGUGACUAAUAUGUACGGACAAAAGUGCAUGAUCGCGCCGUUUAGAUUGCUAAGGUGCAUCAAAAGAUCCAUGAUUUUGGCUUACAAUUACUGUCCUGGAAUUGUCGCUCAAAACCAGCAAUGUGACUUGGACAGAAACUUUUUGCGCCAAUGUGAUCCUUACUCGCUUUAAUUAAAGAAAACAUAAAAAUAAUUUAUUCAAAUUGUUUACCUAUAUUUUUAACUUUUUAACCUUAGUAAAUAACAAUUUUUUACUGAUUGUAUAAGUUACAAACAAGUGAGCUGU